GAACGCACCGCCGGGUCCUCGCAGCAAAGCACGAGUCAAUUACAUGUGUUUAUCUUAUUAACUAAAAAAAAUGAAGCUGCUAAUACAGAGAUAGAUUUGUAUUAUAGCGUGUUUCUUUCACUGCAGAGCCUUCUCCUUUUUUUUCUUUUUUUUUUUUUCCUCCGCCUUCACCGAGGAGCGGCAGUCACGCAGGCCGAGAAUCAGGUCUCGUUGCCGGGGGAGGGAGGACCACCCAGACCCGCCUCUCUCUCUCUGCUCCUAGCAUUAUUAGCAUUAUUAGCUUGGCUACAAUGCUGCAGGGGUACUUUCCACACAGUGGGGCAUAUCCUUGGGUAAUUGUUUAAACGGAGCAGAAAGAGGGGGGUGCCUUGGGGAGACGCGCAGCACCACACCUUUCAAGGAUGGAUGUUGAUUUGUGUGCUAGCGGGGGCUGUGCCAGGAGAAAAGUGGAUUUGGGUGGGGUUGCAGAAGGCACGAUGGACGUUGUACCACUGGAGAUGUACGACUCGGCCAGAGCAAAGAUAGCUGCCAACCUGCGCUGGCUGUUUGCCAAAGCCUAUGGCAUUGACCAUAUUCCAGAGGACUUAAGGGACCCGUUCUACACGGACCAGUACGACCAGGAACACAUUAAGCCGCCUGUCAUCCGCCUGCUGCUGACCUGCGAGCUCUACUGCCGCGUCUGUGCCCUCAUCCUCAAGACGGAGCAGGCGGCGUCUCUUCAGUCCCACCUCUCGGUCAUCCAGUCUCUGUCCAGAAAGGGCAUAUAUGUUGUGGAAAGUGACGACACACCGGUCACAGACGGGGACCUGGCCUGUGUGCCCAUCAAAAUGAGUGCUCACAUGCCCAUGAUCGAUGCCCUCAUGAUGGCUUACACAGUGGAGAUGAUCAGCAUCGAGAAAGUGGUGGCUUCUGUCAAGCGCUUCUCUACCUUCAGUGCCUCCAAGGAGCUGCCCUUUGACCUGGAGGACGCUAUGGUCUUCUGGAUCAACAAGGUGAACACCAAAAUGAGGGAGAUUGCAGAAAGGGAGCAGAAAGUCAAGCACCACCCCCUGGAAUCCCCCAGCCACCAAAAGGUCCGGUAUCGCCGUGAGCACGCUUCAGGCCGUCAGCUGCCCUUCUUCCCUCUGCUGGAAGACCUGAUGAGGGAUGUUUGCGACGGAGCUGCACUGCUCACUGUGGUCAACUUCUAUUGCCCGGACCUCAUGAAGCUGGAGGAUAUUUGCCUGAAGGAAGUCCCCUCCAUUGCUGAUAGCCUGUACAACAUUCAUCUACUCAAAGAGUUUGCCAACGAGUAUCUGAAUAAAAGCUUCUAUCUGACGAUGGAGGACAUGCUCUACUCGCCACUCGUGCUCAAGCACAAUGUGAUGGUGUUCAUUGCUGAACUCUUCUGGUGGUUUGAGACCGUCAAGCCGGAGUUUGUCCAGCCCAGAGAUCUCCAAGAGUUCAAAGAUGCUCGAGCCGUAGCUCAGCCCAAGUGUGCCCGCCCAUCAGUGCCUAUCUCCAACGCCACCAAGCGCAGCUUCCUGGCCAGCCCUGUGGCCGAUAACCAGAGCAGCCCUGAAGUCUGUAACAGGUACUUCCUGCACCCUGAAGACUCUGACCCCCUUAAAGGGGGUCCAACCUUCAGUCCUUCCCAUCCACUCCUGCCCCUCAGACAGAGGCAACAAAAGCAGCAAGGAGAAGAUGGUGCAGGUAAGGAACACAUUCUUUACACCAAUAAAAGACAAAUGUUUUUUCGUCAUUAUGUAAUGACCAGCAGCUGUUUUUAUUCUUAUUUGUUGCUUUUUUUUUUUGUCUGUUUCUGGUUAGGUCUCAGAAACCGCUCCAACUCCCUGACCCAGAUGGACGGACAGCCCCGAGGCUCUGUUGUUGCUUGGCCCGACAAGAAGCAGAGGCCGAUGUCCACGCUGAACCCCUACAUGUUACAUCCAGCCACAGACUGCGAUGCAGACCUUGCUUCCGGCGACAGCGUGAGUCUGGCUCGCUCCAUAAGCAAGGACAGCCUGGCGUCCAACGUCCUCAACGUCACGCCCCAACACCAGACUUCUGUCCUCCAGCCUUCACAGGCUGCAAUGCGCAGAGUCAACGGCCACGGCCUGCUGGGUAAUGUCAACAUGGAGGAUGGGGAAGAAACUCUGGUGGCAGUUGCGAGGACUGACGCUCCCGGCGUCCCCAAACAGGUUGACGGGACGCAAGCAGCUGCCACAGCGGGAGCCAAACCGUCCACGGAGUCUAAGCCUGCAACAGAUAGCUUUUACCUAGAACCACUGAUGCCUUCUGUGAUCAAAACAGCUAAAGAGAAGUCUGUAUGUCCGAACAAGCAGGAGGAGAGCGGUGAGGGGCCCCAUUCUUCUGGAAGGGGCUCUCUACGCAGAGGAGACGGAUCUACAUCAGCCGUCCGGAGGAAAGCUCCCUGCAGCUUGAACCAAACCUUCCCCCCUCCGGUUGAGCAGGCAGACUUGUCAGAGGAGCCUCAACAGGGUCCGGCAGAUUUCCGCCCCAUUGUUACCAGCAGUGUGGACCCCUCGUCCAGAGAACCAGCUGGGGGUUUCUACCUUCAUUUAGAUUCUGAAGAACCAAAGGCUGCCCAGGGCGUCGACGCUGAGCUUGAGGACCUGGAUGAAGAGGAAGAGGAUCUGGACGAAGCUCUUACCACUAAAGACCCCAACCGGCCCAGGAAAGCCCCUAAUGAGAAUGAUGAAGAGGAGGAAUCGGCCAAACUCCGAGAGGACAUGAAUGUGAAAGAGCACGAGGACAAAGACAUGAACGGUGGCAGCGGUCGCUCCAGCCCGUGUCUCAGCGGUCACUCCCAGACCAGCAGCAUGGCCAGCGGCAGCGUGCGCAUGACCUCCUUCGCUGAGCGCAAAGCCCAGCAGCAGCGCUUCGGCAGCAACCACGACCUACGCUCCAGUGCCUCCAGCUCCCAAAGGACCACUCCGGAUGGAUCAGAGAGCAGCGGGCCCCUGGCUUCCUCCUGGAGGCUUAAAAGGGACCAGAGCCCCUCCUCACCCUCGGGAGGAUGCAUCCGUUCCGGCGACGGUGGCGGCGGUUCUAAUGUACUGGCUUCUGAAAUCGUCCAGCUCCGUAUGCAGCUGGAGGAGAAACGGCGCGCCAUUGAGCACCAGAAGAAGAAGAUGGAAGUGCUGUCGGCGAGGCAGAGGCAGAAGCUGGGAAAGGCAGCCUUCCUGCACAUCGUGAAGAAAGGCGGAGGCAAAAGCGACACGUUACCCAACCCGCUCAAAGCCGACAUCUCUAAAAACGAGCUGAGAGGGGAGAGAGCACCAGCAAGUAAAGAUGAUAUGUGUGUUGAAGCCCUCAGAGGGGACAAAGUGGUGGUGGCGGCGACCACCACCACCCCGCCAGGUGCCUUAGAAGCAGAAAAGAAAGAGCCCAGCGGAAGCUUCAAUCUAGAAGAAGAGCUGGACCUGAAUGAGUGCAGCCGCUCCAUCGAUCUGUUGAACGACGCCAUCGGCAGCAUCCAGCAGCAGAUGAUGCAGCUGUCACUGCAGCAGGAGAUGUUGAUGAAACAGAAUGUACAGUCCCCACCUGUUGCAGCUCCACCUCCUCCUGUCACCAGCGACAAAAACGGCGACAAUUCGAAGGGGAAGGCAGGCUUUCACUUUGUGGAGCACCUCCCCAACGCCAGCAUCGCUCCCACCAGGAAACCCCCCAAGCUGAGCUCAGGCCGGAGCUCCAGGACCAAACCAUCAGAGCUGAAGAUAGCCAAGGAUCACGGCCGGCAGACCUCCAGGACCCUCACCCCCACCCAGAGCGGCUCAGAGACAUUACCACACCUAAGGCAGUUGGCCGGGGGCAGGUCCCCCAGGGCCGACCAGCCCGACAGCCCCAGGAACCCCACAGCAGCAGAGACAAUCGACAGGCCGGGCGCCGGCCACGCUCGGAGCGCCAACUUCCGCCUUCACGACGAGUCCAACAUACGCCUGCCGACCCGAGUGGACCUGAAGGCCGUGGUUUCCCCGGAAGUGUCCUUUGACGAGUGCCUGUCCAGCACCCCGAGAGAGUCCGACCUCAACUCCUCCGACGGUUCAGGGAAAGAGAACAUACCAUCAGACGAGAUGCAGCGCAACAGAUCCCACCUGAUCGAGGUCGAUCUGUCAGAGCUGAAAGCCCCCGAGGAAGAGGAAGCUGCUGAGGACACGACGGCAGAAGGAGGUGACGGAGAGCAGAAGUCAGGCAUGGGCUUCUUCUUCAAGGACGAGCAGAAGGCAGAGGAUGAGCUUGCUAAGAGGAGAGCAGCGUUCCUGAUGAAGCAGCAGAAGAAAGCCGAGGAGGCUCGACUCCGUAAACAACAGUUUGAAUCAGAAUCAGAGCUGAAACGAGACGAAGCCAGACGGAAGGCAGAGGAGGACCGCCUGCGUAAAGAAGAGGAGAAGACGCGGCGGGAGAUUAUUAAGCAGGAGUACCUACGGAGGAAGCAGCAGGAGAUCUUCGAGGAACAAGGCCUCGCGAAGCCCAAAACCCCCAAACCCAAGCAGAAACACCGACCCAAGUCCGUCUUCAGAGAGGAAUCUUCCGGCGACAGUUCCUCCAAGUGCUCUUCUUCCACACCUGACAACCUGAGCAACGCCCAAUCAGGCUCCAGUCUGUCUCUGGCCUCCGCUGCAACCAACGAGGCCGACAGCGUCAACUCUGGAGGGGCUGGCUCUCAGCGAUGUGACUCGGUGGAGUCGUUUCCCGGCAGUCGUAACAACAGUCGAACUGCAGAGAGGGACUGGGACAACGGCUCCACUGCAUCCUCCAUCGCCUCCAUGGCUGAAUACACUGGUCCCAAACUAUUCAAAGAGCCCAGCGCCAAGUCGAACAAGCCAAUCAUCCACAAUGCAAUCUCCCACUGCUGCUUGGCUGGCAAAGUCAACGAGCCUCAGAAGAACCAGAUCCUGGAGGAGUUGGAUAAGUGCGAGUCCAACCACCUGAUGAUCCUGUUCCGUGACGGUGGCUGCCAGUUCCGAGCGCUCUACUCGUACUUCCCCGACACCGAGGAGAUGCAGAAGCUGACGGGAACGGGACCCAAGAGCAUCACCAAGAAGAUGAUCGACAAGCUCUACAAGUACAGCUCGGACCGGAAGCAGUUCACCGUCAUCCCCGCCAAGACUGUGUCGGUCAGCGUGGACGCCCUGACCAUCCACAACCACCUGUGGCAGGCCAAGAGAGGCACCGUGCCAAAGAAGAGCGGAAAAUAGCAGAUAGCCGGAUUUUUAAGCCCUCCUUCGUCCAAAUCAUCUUCUCCCCAUCUCGCUUGUUUUCCUGAAUAAACUGCAUCGAUGUUCACCGCCAUGCUGGGCCUUUUAAACCUACUCUGGAGAGGCCGCACUUAUGGACAAGCGGUCCUCUGUAGGUGGACCCAGGCAGCAACGAGGGAAAAGGUAUGUGUGUGUGUGUGUGUGUGUGUCAGUGUGUGUCAGUGUGUGUGUGUGUCAGUGUGUGUGUGUCACAGGUGGUCUGAGGGACAACAGAAAGAGGAAUGCCGGCUGAAUUCGCCUCUUCUCCCAGUGAUCUCCUUGCGAUCUCUUCGGGGUUUCUUUUGGUCCGGCUCUGUUUUUAUACGACGACCACCACGACUCAAGCAUGUGGCAUUUUUUCCCUCUCUGUCUCUCUCUCUCAUACGUGGUGGAUGUUCAUUUUUUUUUUUUUUUUUACAUGAAGUAUUUAUUAGUUCAGCACUGUCAUGGUCGAGAGCUCAGCUGCAGCACUAAAGUCCUUCCUUCUCUGCGGGAAAACGCCUCUCCGUCGGACGAAUUCGGACAAAAGGAGGGGACAUUGGGGGGAAUUCUGUCGCUCUUUUAGGGAAAAUUCCGAAGCAAAGGACCUUUGUACGACCUUUAAGGACUGUCGGUCUGCUCCGCUGCCCCAACAAAACAACAAUCUCUUCCCGCGUGGACUGUCGAAAUCUGUCCAAUCAGGCUGGCAUUGCCGACUUUUGCCUCACCAAGGAUCUCCCCAAAAACAACCUGCUGCUCUGAACUGUCUUCUUCUUUUUGUCCCGGGGGGAGCUCCUCAGCUCUCCCUCAGGCAUCCAUUGGCCUUUUUCACGCAUCGUGGUACUAUCGUCUAUUUAUCCAACCGCUUUUUAAAUCUAGACGCUGAUCGUGUAGCACUGGGUAUGUGUAAAGCAACAAAAAAAAGAAAAGAAAAGAUAACGAUGGUCAUUUUAAAUACUUUUUAUUUGUCACAACAUCCAUUUCUGAAACAAAAAAAGGGUGAGGGAUAGAUUUUUGGUACAUAAAUGAUGCUUUUUUUGUUUUGUUUUGUUUCAGCUUUUUUCUUUUCAUUAUGAUUAAAGCGAUGUGGUAUAGAGUCCGAGCUGAUGUUAUGUGUUUUCAUCAUAACGGAUAUUCUCUGAUGUUUAGAGCUUAGUUGUGUUUUUUCGCUCCACCGGGCACUCUUGAACUGACCUGUAUAAAGGUGCACUCAUGAACACUUGUCGACGGCUUCUUUCAUGCAAUGUAACCCCCCAUCCUCCC